AUGUCCGAUCUAAUCCAAGAAAUCGCCGACGUGCCGCGGGAAUUCUUCAAAGAUGGGACACAAUUCAUCAACCGAUGCACAAAACCCGACCGAAGAGAAUUCAUCAAAAUCUCGCAAGCAGUCGGGAUGGGCUUUUUGAUCAUGGGCGCCAUCGGUUAUUUCAUUAAGCUGAUACAUAUACCAGUCAACAAUGUACUGGUGGGAUAG